AUGGCGAUGAUGAUGACUGGCCGUGUGCUGCUGGUGUGUGCCCUCUGCGUGCUGUGGAGCGGUGCCGGCGGUAGAUGUGAUGUAGGGGAGGCGGCAGGUCUUCGGAGUGCUGAACUUCCACCUGCACCAGCACCUCUUGAAAAGUCUCCAGAAGGACCCAAAGGCUUACAAGGUGGAGUACCAGGCGUUAAAGAAAAUGUAACACCCGCAUCUUCCAUACCUACAGAGGAAGAGCACGAUUAUGAAGAAGAUGAUAGUGACGAUGAUGAAGAAGUUGAAGACACGGAAAAUGGAGAAACCGAAGAGGAAGAAGAAAAAAGAAAAGAAGGGCAGAGUAAUAAAGGAGGAACAGUUGCACCAGACCCAAAUUCCGGGGAAAAGAAUUUAAUUGGCAGUGAGAAGGAAACAGGCCAGUCAAUUUCAUCUGCUGGGAGCAUUUCUCCUUCCGGCAGUCGGGAAUCAAAUGCCAAUCUUACGCAACCGGAAGUUGAAGAAAAGAAGGAAACCGAAAAAAAUACACCAGCAGUAGAGAAUCCACCCACAACAGUUAACGGAGAGAACACACUGCUUGGGGGCAUUGCGGGAGGAAAUCUUCCAUCACCUUCAGAAGAAGGUGUUGAUUCCCGCGAAAAGGAUGGCAAAGACACCACGAGUGAAGGCGAAAAAAAUGUUCCACCGCCUGCGACCGCAGCCACACCACAAGGCCACCGAGACAAAGGCUCAGAAGGGACUGAGGAAGACACAAAAGCAACAACAGUAACCGCCAACACAACAGAUACGACGAAUACACAAAACAGUGACAGCAGCACCGCGGCCUCCCACACCACCUCCCCUCUUUUGCUUCUUCUUGUUGUUGCGUGUGCGGCUGCUGCUGUGGUGGUGGCCGCGUGA